CAAAACUGAAGCUCGCGGUCCCUCCUUUAUGCUAAUACGGGCUGUAUGACAAGUUUGUGACGCUAGGAGACCCGGAAGAACGAGUCUGCAUUUAAUUGAAACUAAAACUGAAAAAGAAAAGAAAAUCGGUAGAAAAGAGAGAAAAGUGUUGAGGUCAUCGGGUUUGUAUUAUUCUAGCAGAUCAUCCAUCCGCAUCCAGCAUGUCUGCGUCGGCAGUUUUUGUGCUGGAUAUCAAGGGGAAGGUGCUGAUCUCUCGGAAUUACAAGGGGGAUAUCGACAUGAAUGAAAUCGAUCACUUCAUGCCCAUUCUGAUGCAGAAGGAGGAGGAAGUUGAUGUGUCUCCAUUUGUGGCCCACGGGGCAGUGCACUUCCUGUGGAUCAAGCACAGUAACCUGUACUUGGUAGCAAUGACUAAGAACAAUGCCAACGCUGCCUUGGUCUUCGCCUUUCUCUAUAAAAUAGUGGAGGUUUUUAAAGAGUAUUUCAAAGAGCUGGAAGAGGAGAGUAUCCGGGAUAACUUCGUAACCGUAUACGAGCUCAUGGAUGAGGUGAUGGAUUUUGGAUUUCCUCAAACAACAGACAGCCAGAUCCUGCAGGAGUACAUCACACAACGGGGGCACAAGCUGGAGGUGGGUGCCCCCCGGCCCCCAGCAACUGUAACCAACGCCGUCUCCUGGAGAUCGGAGGGGAUCAAAUACCGGAAGAACGAAGUGUUUAUGGACGUUAUUGAGUCGGUCAAUUUACUGGUGAGUGCGAGUGGCAGCGUGCUGCGCAGUGAGAUCGUGGGCAGUGUCAAGAUGAAGGUGGUCCUGUCAGGAAUGCCAGAGCUGCGGCUGGGACUCAAUGACAAGCUCCUCUUUCAGAACACCGGCAGGGAUAAGGGUAAGGCUGUGGAGCUGGAGGAUGUGAAGUUCCACCAGUGUGUGCGGCUGUCCCGCUUUGAGAACGACCGCACCAUCUCCUUCAUCCCCCCCGACGGAGACUGUGAGCUGAUGUCCUAUCGACUCAACACGCAUGUGAAACCUCUGAUCUGGAUUGAAUCUGUCAUUGAGAAAUAUUCCCACAGCCGAGUGGAGAUCAUGGUCAAGGCCAGGGGUCAGUUCAAGCAGAGAUCGACGGCAAACAACGUGGAGAUCACGGUUCCUGUGCCGAGUGACGCCGACUCUCCGAAAUUCAAGGCAUGCACCGGCAGCGCCAAAUGGGUGCCGGAGAAGAACGCGGUCAUCUGGACCAUUAAAUCAUUUCCUGGGGGUAAGGAGUACCUGAUGCGGGCACACUUCGGUCUGCCCAGCGUGGACAGUGAAGAACUGGAGAGGAAGCCACCGAUCACGGUCAAAUUCGAGAUUCCCUACUUCACUGUAUCAGGGAUUCAGGUUCGCUACCUGAAGAUCAUUGAGAAGAGUGGAUACCACGCCCUGCCCUGGGUCAGGUACAUCACCCAGAGUGGAGAUUACCAGCUUCGGACAAACUAAACUGUUCAUUGAAGAUGAAUUUCACACCAUCUUUACUGUGCAGACGAAGACCAAACAAGGGGAAAUCAAACCAGACAAUACAGACGAUCCUUUUAUGAAAGACGGCUUAUUUAUUAUUGAAAAUGUUAAGUGGGAGACAAUUUGUGUUGAAAUGCAAUGCAACGCAUGAAACAUGAAUCACUGUACCAUGUAAACUGUGACAAUAGGGUCAGGUCAUAUCAUAGGCUGUUCUCAUUUUAUGAGGAUGUUUAGCAUAUUUUAAAAACAUUAAGUAUAGUGUAACUAUGCACAAUAACAUUGUAAGGAUGUUUCAGAACACAUGUAUUUACUAAGUAACUACUAUGUAAAUGCACAGUAAUUAGAGACACAGUGGAAAGUGUUACAGAAAUAACAUGGACAAUAACUGACUGGGAACAUUACAAAACAUCCCAGCAGUUUAAAUAUGUGACCCGGAUUGCGCUUUGAUUCUACUUGGAUCUGUACCGUCUCGGCUUGUUUUAUUUCUUCUCACUUUGUAUCUCUUAUUUGGAGAGUGGGGUGUUUUCAUUAAACUUCUUCUGAUCAGA